UGCACUUUUAACACGAUAAGGUUUAAAACCUGUUAGCCAAUUAAAGAAAUUCUAAUAAAUAGCGUGUCGGUUAUACUAUUGUGAAUUGUUAACAAUAUAGGUCAACGUCAGUACGACUUUAGACAAGCAGGUUAAAAACGAUCGAAUAUAAACUUGCAUGAAUGUGUUCAUAAUAAUCGAAUAACACAGUUUAAAUAAAACAACUCCUAUCACACUUGCAAACAAACACACUUGAUUUAACAAGCGCACUUUUGUCAUAAGACAGGUUUUUCAUCUCUAACGAAGCAUGUAACUUAAGCUAAGUAAACAAUUGGACGUUUAAACGCCUUAAAGGAAGAAGAUCUGGCAGAGAAAUGUCAGCACGGGGAAAUCGUGGACGUAGCUCUGACAGCGUUUCUCUGACACAGAUACGCAGUGCGUUAAGUAGACCACUGUAACAGUGGUUGCAGGUCGCAAUGUAAACAGACGCGCUAGGAGCAGAACUCACGAUGGAAGAUGCUGCCAUGCAGACGAAAAGGAGAUACCACAUUUUGUUCUUCGUUCUCAGGAAAAAUAGGAAUGACGAUGCUAGAGAUGAAAACAGGAGUAAGAAAACAAGAUGCUCAAAAUGGGGCAGACUGUCGGUGGUAAUUGCGGCGAUCGUUCUUGUCGUGUAUGCGUUCUGUCCCAACCCUCAGCUCUUCACCAACCUCUCACACAAGAUCUCAAACUACAUCAGUAUCACCUUGAACCUCACAACACCGGAAGUAAGACAUGUGGGGUUCUUGAAAGUGCACAAGGCCGGCGGAAGUACGAUCCAAAACAUCCUCUUCCGGUUCGGCAUACGUAGAAAUGUCUCAUUUGUUAUGCCAGUCACACAGUACAAGCUUUCCGAGUUUGGUAAAGUGCCUUAUGACAUUCUAAAUAAUAAACAGGGUCACCAUUUUGACAUACUAACGAUACAUUCAGUUUACAACGAAAGUGUAUACGCGCGGCUUCUUCCCAGGGACGCCGCCCGUGUCGCCAUUGUGAGGGACCCCCUCGAGGUGAUGAUCUCCGGGGCGUACUAUCACAGGGACGUCUGGGGCGUCGACUAUCUGCGCAAAGUGCCUAAUGAUAAUUACAUCAAGAACCUGAUAUUAUUUCCGGAAAUGUACGACAACAAUGAAUUUAGUUUGACUAGAAACAGCAUGGCAAUGGAUUUUGGUUUUCCAAAAGGGCUUCCUUGCACAGAAUCAGACAGUGUUCAGCAUUAUCUGUCCUACCUUAACGGGAAUUUUGACUUAGUGAUGAUACUCGAGCGUUUUGACGAAUCCCUUGUUCUACUGAAGAGAUUGUUACGCUGGACAUUAAAGGAUAUACUAUAUAUUCCGCAGAAUACUCACCACCACCCUGCAAUAUCAGACUUGAAUCUUUCGUCUUCCGACAUCAGCAAGUUCGAGCUCAGGAACUUCCUGGAUGUUUCCUUAUACAACUAUUUUUCUAACAUUUUCAAACUAAAAGUUCUGGCUGCAGGUGAUGACUUUAAAUACGAGGUCGAGCACCUGCAGAGCGUGGUUUCCAAGGUGACGGACUACUGUGUGUUCCACGAAAGCCUGUCCAACUCACGUCAUUUGACGGUCUACAAAUCUGAUUGGAACGCUGAGUUUAAUAUGAACGCCGACGAUUGCCGAACAAUGAUGACGUCAGAACUCAAAUUUAUUGACAAAAUACGCACAGUUGUAAAAACAAAUCUGAGAGGUGUUCAUAAUAAAACAUUCUCGUUUAAGAGUUAAUGAUUACGCUUUUGCUACUAAUGGCUUUUAUAUUUCCGAAGUAUUAUUGAACUAACAAAUUGUGAUAAGUUUAAAAUUGCUCAUUACGAACAUAAUCAGCAUUAAAUGAGUACUUGUCAAAGGGACUUUUAUGCAUUUAUACAUGUACGUAUAGUAAAGCUUUCCCUAACAUUCCAUAAUUCUGCAGAAUGGCAUAUUUACAAUAAUAAAAGCUUAUCGUUUCAUGUUCAGUUUUAUAGUAUGUGAAUACGCAUGGUGGAUAAAGAAAUGAGUAUUGAUAGUG